AUGACAGCUAGUCAGAAACACAACCUCUUCACGCCAGAACCUCACUAUAUCCCCGGCUAUGCCGGCUUCUAUCCACAGAUGCGCUACCAGGUGGGGAACACCUAUGGGCGCACCACAGCGCGGCUGCUCACAGACCCCAGUGUGCCAAAGAGCCCCUGCUCUGUGCUGUCCCCCAUAGCCAAACCCAAGUUCGAGGACUUCAGCAAGCCCCAGCUGCCUUUCAUCCCCUGCCGUGACCUGUCUGAGCCCGACGUCCCCCACUACACUGGUUUGAAGCCCCACAAGAACUUUGAGAUCUUAGGCUGGUCCCCACCCCAGGAGGUGGACGCCCAGGGGCCAUCGAGGCUGGAGAACAUACCCAGGCAGGUCCUGUUGCCUGCAGGCUUACUGCCCUACCACCCCUACCCGCCAUGCCUGCCAGGCAGGAAGGGGGACUCCAAAGAUCUUGGACACCCGGGCCAGUGGCUGGCCUAUGGGGAGGAGGGAUGGAAGAGUACCACCCCCAUCCUCAAGGCCCCAGGGCAGGACCAGCUGUACCACCGCAGGAGGGAUGAGUACCCACCCCCAGCACACCAGCAUGAGACCCUAGACGUGGACAGGUUCCACAGGCUGCCCCAGCUGGACCACCCCAACCUGAUCCAACGCAAGGCCAUCUCAGGCUACACUGGCUUCAUCCCCCGGUUUGCCUGGGUGAUGGGGAUGAAUUACCACGACAGCGUCACACAGGCUAUGGACGAGUUCGACAGGCACCAGUUCCUGUUCAGAAACCCCACCUGUGCCCUGGGGUCAAGGCUGCCCCCCACACACUGGCCCAGCACCACCAUCUACAGCAGCAGGGGCCUGAUACCCUUCUACAUGGGGUUCAUACCAUCCAUGCAGGACAACUAUGGGCUGACAUUCGGUAACAGUACCCGCAAGGCCUGUCGGAAGGAACUGGAGAGGCGAAACCAGGCACUAUGA